GUAUGUCUCAUAUCAGAAGAAUGCCAAAAAGAACAGACACCUUGGCUUUAUUCGAUGUGGACGGUACCUUAACCCCAUCUAGAUGCAAAGCAAGUCAUGAAACGUUGGAGUUUUUAAGAAGAUUGAGGGAUGAAGUAUUCACUGGAAUAGUCGGUGGUUCUGAUUUAGUGAAACAAGAAGAACAACUGGGUCCCACUAUUUUGGAAGAUUUUGACUAUGUGUUUUCCGAAAAUGGUCUCGUGGCUUAUGAGAAAGGCAAGUUGAUUCACGUUCAGAGUUUGGCCAAACAUCUUGGCGAAGAAAAGCUGAAGAACGUAAUCAACUGUUGCUUGCGCUACAUUGCGGAUUUGGACAUUCCUUUGAAGCGAGGUACAUUUGUGGAGUUUCGUAAAGGAAUGUUGAACGUUUCACCCAUCGGUAGAAAUUGUAGUCAACAAGAACGAGAAGAGUUUGAAAAGUAUGAUCGGGUUCACAGUAUUCGAAGUCGAUUUGUGGAUUAUUUGAAGGAACGAUUCGAGGGUUAUGAUUUGCAGUUUUCGAUCGGUGGUCAAAUCAGUUUUGAUGUUUUUCCACGUGGUUGGGAUAAAACAUAUUGUCUAUCAUUUGUAAAACAUAUUCCAGUGAUACAUUUCUUUGGAGAUAAGACAUUUCUUGGCGGUAAUGAUUAUGAAAUCUUUCAAGAUGCCCGAACGAUUGGUCAUUCGGUAACUUCUCCUGAAGAUACUGUCAAGCAAUGCCAACAGUUGUUCAACUUGUAAAAAAAGUUGUUGUUCUUCUCCUCCUUGAAAA